AUGAAUAUUAGUGGGACUUUGAACACGCUACGACUGCUUUAUAACCCAUCAUUGUGUAGGCCUAGUCUGGUUGUCCCCACUUUUAAUGAUCUCCCCAUACCAAUUAACGAUUCAAUAAAGGCUGUUGUAGUGGACAAGGACAAUUGCAUCGCCUUCCCCCACGAUAACGACAUAUGGCCCGAAUACUCCCAACACUGGGAAACUCUCAAAUCGAAAUACCCUAAUAGAUCACUCUUGAUCGUUAGCAAUACUGCAGGUUCUGCCUCCGAUAAGGGCUAUUUGCAGGCAAAGCUCUUAGAAGACAAGACAGGUGUACCUGUAUUGAGGCAUUCUACAAAAAAGCCAGGUUGCCAUAGCGAGAUUUUAGAUUAUCUUUAUAAAAACAAGGCUAUAGCAAACCCUAAAGAGGUUGCCGUUAUAGGAGAUAGGCUGUUCACUGACAUUUUGAUGGCAAACAUGAUGGGUUCAUACGGAAUAUGGGUUCGAGAUGGUGUUAAAAUUUCUUCCAACCCCCUAUCCAAAUUCGAGAAGAAAUUGUACAGCUUUUUGGGAUUUUGA